AUGAAUCCCGUAACUACUACCUCGGCAAAUCAUUACGCCGCCUCAUCUACAGGACGUUCGUCUAUAUCAACAAACAAUAAUGAUAGCCAAAUAUGUCGCGAUAUUCAAGAUGAUUGGCAACGACGAGAAGAUAUCAAAAUUUUAACAACAUCGAUUAAACGUUUAACAGAUUUUCUAAAUCAAUUUGAAUCGUCGUGUCGUUAUCGUUUGUCAAAAUUAAAUGAAAAAUUGACAUCCUUGGAAAGACAAGUCGAUUAUUUAGAAGCAAGAGUAAAUUUACAAAUUUUUCUUUGUCUUAGUUUAAGUUGA